GCAGAGAAAGCAGUAGAAACAAGAGGGUGAUGAUUGACAGAGAGAGAUUUAUACUUAGCGAAAAUUGUGCGGCAAGGAGCACGAUAAGAGUUAGGAGUCGGGCGGUGUUAGUAGUAGGAGGCAGUGUCUUCUGAGCAUCUUCAAGGCAGAAAGCAGAAGAGUAAGAAGACAACAAGAAAGAGAAGACUAGGAAGAGAGCUUGUUCUUCCCCACCCUCCCCUUUCUUUGCUCCCCUCACAGGGGAGCCGGGAUGGUGCGGUCCAGCCAGCUGUGGAGCUGCUGAGUGAUGCUGAGAGCCCGUGGGUGCCCGGGGCGGCGACAGCAGAGGGGGGAGCAAACAGCUGGCGGAAGAGCAGGCAGAAGCGCUCUCCCUCCAGGCAGCGGCGGUGGCGGCGGCGGCGGCGGUGGCAAUGGCAGUGGCGAUUAAUUGAAGACGUGGAGAAGGUGAAGAAGGGAAGAAGGGGAGGAAGGCUUUCCCUCCGCUCCAUCUCCCCCGUUCUUUCACUGCCUUGGUCAAAGCUGGGGUACAGAAACCCAGACGCUUGGCUGUCGCCACCGCCUCCUCUUUCAGCUGCUGCUGGCUGAGCUGCUGAGGCUACUGGACUAAGGAGUAGCAACAGCACUGGUGGCAGCGGCAGCAGCGCCCUGCGGGAGGGGAGAGAUCAGCGGAGCCACUGGCUGCAUUGACUACACACACUCAGCAGGAGCAGGACAGCAGCAGCGCGUUGGCUGCUGUUCCUUUGCUGCCUGGAUGCUAGAGCUUCACAAUCAGCCUGCCACGGGCACCCUAAAGGAGGAGGAAGAGGAGGAAGAAGGAUCUGGACAUUGGGAAUAGGAAGAGGAAGAAGAGAAGCGACAAAGCGCUGACCAUGGCCUCCAACUUUAAUGAUAUCGUCAAGCAGGGCUAUGUGAAAAUCCGCAGCAGGAAGCUUGGGAUUUUCAGACGUUGUUGGUUAGUUUUCAAGAAAGCAUCCAGCAAAGGACCCAGAAGGCUUGAAAAAUUUCCAGAUGAAAAGGCAGCUUAUUUCAGAAACUUUCAUAAGGUAACUGAACUGCACAACAUCAAAAACAUAACCAGACUGCCUCGAGAGACUAAGAAGCAUGCAGUGGCAAUUAUCUUUCAUGAUGAGACGUCAAAGACAUUUGCCUGUGAGUCAGAGCUGGAGGCAGAGGAAUGGUGCAAACACCUUUGCAUGGAGUGUCUAGGAACCAGAUUGAAUGACAUAAGCCUUGGAGAACCUGAUCUACUGGCUGCAGGAGUGCAGAGGGAGCAAAAUGAACGAUUCAAUGUGUAUCUUAUGCCUACGCCAAAUCUAGACAUUUAUGGGGAAUGCACAAUGCAGAUUACACAUGAAAACAUCUAUCUCUGGGACAUUCACAAUGCCAAGGUCAAGCUGGUGAUGUGGCCCCUUAGUUCACUGAGGAGAUAUGGUCGUGAUUCAACUUGGUUUACAUUUGAGUCAGGAAGGAUGUGUGAUACAGGAGAAGGACUAUUCACCUUUCAAACAAGAGAAGGAGAAAUGAUCUAUCAAAAGGUACACUCUGCAACCUUGGCAAUAGCAGAACAACAUGAAAGACUAAUGCUAGAGAUGGAACAAAAGGCCCGGCUUCAAACCAGUCUGACUGAACCAAUGACGUUAUCCAAGUCCAUCUCCCUCCCUCGAAGUGCAUAUUGGCACCAUAUUACACGGCAGAACAGUGUUGGAGAAAUCUACAGUUUACAAGGUCACCGUUUUGGUUCAACAAAGAUGUCGAGGGCACAAACGUUCCCCAGCUACACAUCGGAGCAGAACGAAGAGCACCAGCAGCCCCUGUCGCUGUCCAGCAGCUAUGGAUUUAGCUACAGCUCCAGCCUCAUCCAAUGACACACAGAGAACCACUGUUGACCAGAGAGACAGUCUAGUCUGAAACCUGCCCAUAGAGUCAGGGAACCUCUUGUACCCUCUGCAUCCAUGGAAGACCAAUUGCAGUGAAAACUGAGCUGUGUCAGUUCUAGUCCUGGUCACAGUUGAAGGUUAAAAACUGGAGCUCUGCUUCCUAGAGUCAGAGGCUAAGUCUUUUAUUUAUUGAAUUUCUUUGGGGAUCUAUAUUUAAAGAAAUUGAUUUUGAAUUGUAAGAAAAGUCAUUUAAAUAAACACAAACCCUUUUGGUCUGAAGGCAGUAAAAGCCACCACAUGGUUGGAUGUUGUCUGGACUGGGUUGUGACCUCUCAGUUAUACUUAGUUUCAGGCAUUUUCCACCUGUCUUCUUGGCUGAGAGCUCCGACCUACAAUCACAAUGACAGAACCAUAGUUAAUAGUGGUGAACCACUGGAGUCAUUUCUGUGUUAGAAGUUUUAACAGGAAUAUAAUCAGUGAACACCACAAACAACAUCAAAAUUGUCCAUAUUAAUACAUCUCAUGGCUAUUAAGAGAACAAGAAAUUUAAAACAUCAUGUUAAGCAGGGCCCCAUAACUCUAUUCUGUGUGUGUAUGCGUGUGAGUGUGUGUAUGUAGAAAUAUAGAGGCGGAUAUAAAGCUAUCCAUCUAUAUAUAACAAUUAUAUAUAAAAUGUGUGCUGAGGGUGACAGGAUAUGCUCACUUAAAUUGUUGAAAAUGUAAUUUGGUGCAUUCAAAUUAAGAUUGUUAUGUCAAUAUCUAUUUUUAAAUUAGUGCUGUAAAAAGGCUUCUCAUUAGCAAAAGUAUUUAUGUAAUCAAGUCUGAACUUAUGAUGAAUGUAAAUGCAAAAGUGAGAAAAGGGAAUGUAUUUGAACAAAAUGAAAUAAUCCAGCUGUCCCACAAUCUACAUUAUCACACUCUUUCUGGUUAGUGUUACCCUGGUUUCUGACCCCUGCCCUUCUUGGCUCUCUGAAGUAUAUAAGAAUAUUUAACUUCUUGAUCAUCUACCUAUUUAAUCUUCAGUGACAAUGCAAUUCAAAAUGAAUUUUUAAGGAAAAAAUCAUCUAAAAAUUACAUUAGCAAAACCAUUUUAGAAUCAACAAAAGAACAAAAUGAAAAUGAUUUUUGUCAAUAUCAAUAUAUUUAAAUUUUCAUAAAGACCAUGUGCAGAAAUAAAGAGAAUAUGUUACUUGAGUUCUACCUAUAUGACCAGAUUUUAAGUUAUGUUUUAGACCCUAGAAGUUACUAUGAAUAUAGAGGAGAUAGUAUUAAGGACCAACUUUCCCCCCAAUAUCUUGUCUGAUUAAAAUAGUUCAAUGCAAAGAAGGAACUAACCAUUAUGUUGGAGUAGAUUGAUAAUUUAAGUUUAAAAAAUACAUAUCCAUCAAUUUUAUGGUGCUUUCAAGCUAAAAUGGAAAGUUUCUACCUGAAUUAACUGGAUAAUUGUGACUGUGAUAUAUAACAAAGAAUGCAUAAAAAGAAUUACAGCAGGUGUUUUUAAUCCAUGUAACGUUGGAAUGUAAAUUUAAAUUAAUAAUUAAGGAUCAUUUUGAUUAGAAAGUAGUUUGCUAGUUGAUGGUAAAGUCUUUUACUUCUAUCCUAAAUAUCCUUUUUCAUUAACCUGAUUGCUGGCAAACAAGACACCUUCAGUGAACAAAUGCCACAUGAAAAGGGCCUGAGUUUGUCUAAAUGGACAUCACCCCUUAUAAUAAACUGUUGAUCAUCUGUCUCUCAUAAAAGUAUGAAGGUCUAGUAUGGCAGUCCUACUUCCACUGAAGAAACUAAUUAUUCUCAGCCUUGAUGGGGAGAUGGGGAGCAGCGGGAAAUUCCCUUCUCCCUAACCCUGCUGUAGAUUUUGCUAAAACAGCAGAGAGGAAAUGACUGGUACCAAAAGAAAGAACCUACCCUGAAAUCCCGCUUUUCAGGGUUGAAAUUGCUUUGCAUUACUUUAGCUUAUGGCAUUUGCUUUUGGAUGCCAAGCCUAUGCUAUAGCAGAACAACUUCCAGCUGAGACCAUUUUUGCACAGCUCCUGGUGGAGCCUCAUCCAGAGGGAGAGAGAUUGUCUCUCCAUUGCCUCGCUCAGUUGAGCUGUUGCCUAGAGACCACAAGGUUCCACAUGGGACUAAUGGGGGAAGGUCCUCAGGAGGUCUAAUUCAUGUCUCAGCUUUAUAAAUAUGCAGGGUGCACAGACAGUAUAUGGGAGGGUUCAGCUAAUCAGCUACGUCUGCUCUUAGGUUGGCUUAUGGGGACCCAUAAUACCUGCAGUGAAGUUGUUUAGGAAACAAUAUUUGGAUCUGAUCCUUAGUUAUCAGUGAAUAAAUUAAUAAAGAUCAGGUCUAGUUGGACCAGUUCAUUCUGAAAAGAAGUAAAGGAGAGAAAGAGACAGAGAGGCAGAUAGAUUGAUUUCCUUCCUCAGUUUUUAACUGAAACUUAUCAAAAUAAGAAGUAAUGCUAUCAAAUAUCUUGUUCCAUUUUUGCACUUAUUUUGGCACACCUUUGCAUAUACACACUCGGUGCAACUGUAGCUGAAAUAAAACUGCAAAGUGAACAAAUAGGAGAAUUUAUUUUAACAUAAUAUUCUAUUCACUAAGUAAUGUGUGUUGUAAUAAAAAUGACAAGCGGUUAAGUUUCUUUUCAACCAACCAAAUGUAGUUGCAAUCUCAAUCAUAUGGGACUUCAUAAAAUGAAUUCAACUUGGGUCAGCUAAAAUAAACCAGUCUGAGGUUUUGCUGAAGAUGUCCCUGCCAUUUACAGACCAUUUCCUUCCCCUUGAAGACUGAAUUAUUCCCCCAAUUUGCAUGUAAAAUUGUCAAAGGUAGGAAGGGUGAGAAUGGACCACAGAUAACCUUUAGGUUCUUUAUUCAAAAGGAUGAAUGGAGGAAAUACUGUGAAUGGGUACUGGUAAAUUAAAAUAGCCAUAGUUUCACUUCAAAGUUAAUGAAAAGAAGGGAAGGCUAAAUGAAUCUAUUACAGAAAAUGUCAGAUUUUCUGAGACUCAAAUACAUGUGGUUUUUCAAAGAUUUUUUUUUUCCUUUCAGACUGGUUUUCUCCUGCUAAUGCUAUAAUAUGUAUAGAAUUAAUAGCAUAUGUAGAUGCUAUAUUUAAAAUAAAGGAAAUACAAAAUAGCAUUGUUCAAUACCCAUUAUCUUGAUGGGGUAAAAAAGAAAGUACAAUUUUAUCAUUUAUUAUUUAUUUAGACACCAAGAAAAAAAUUUGUAAUGUAAGUUUCAGUUAUUUUUGACUCAGUUUCGGUCACAGACACAAUUUCUUUUUACUGUAUUAAAAUCUAUAACUACUUAUAUAGUAAGAUGUUCGUAGCGUAUGUAUAGAAUAAAGAGGCAUUUAGUAAAACUGAGCAUCAACUCUUCAGAUGGAAACUAUUUAGAUGAUCUUUUCAAUAUGCCAUUCAAAUAUCCAUUUCAAUGGAUAAUGAUUUUUUUAAAAAAUUCAUUGUAUCAUUUUUAAUUGUAAAAGUUUACACUUGAUAUCCCUUAUAGAAAAGAGUAGCCUGACAAAGAAAUGAAUUUAUUGCUUUCUUUCUAGGCCAGUUUACUGCGCAUAGUAUCUUUAUGGUAGAUAUUAAAGAUAUUUUCAGAUAAGCUGGAUUUUGUGCCAUUGCCUUUACCCAACAUUUCAAAAAUCUUUUAAAAAUGAUUUCUUUACCACAAAAAUAUUCUGACAAUCUCUUUAAAUGAGCAUAAUGAAAAAUAAGCUAAAAAGAGUGUUCAAGUAACGAACUACAAAUCUGGUUUUGAAGGCUAAAAGAAAGAGGAAAUACUGGGGCUUGAAUGGGAUUGAGAUUUAGUGUGUGUGUGUGUGUGUGUGUGUGUGUGUGUGUGUGUAUGUAUAUUUAUAUAUACAUACACACACAUAUAAAUAUACAUAUAUGUAAUUUUUAAGUACCUAAAAAUACCCAAAAUGAAAGCAGUAUAUAUUUAAACAACUUUAUCAAGAUGGCCAUGCCUAAUGUUUUUCUGGAUAAAUAAACUUUUAAAAAGCAUAAUACUAGCUUUCCAUUGUCUUGGAAAAAUGCAAAAGAGGGUUGUUUGUAUUAGACCAAGCAAAGAUUUGUUCUCUCAAUUUCUGGCAAUGACUUAACUAGAAGAAUUUGUAACAAAAUGGUCUUGCAGCAGAUAAUUAGGAGAAAGAGAAUUCAGACCUGCAUAUAAGUUAUACACCAUUCUGCAGAUGUAAUGUCAUUUGAGGGUUAUUUUGGGGGCUAAAUUUCUGAACAGAAGCAUCAACAGAUUCAUUUACUCAUUCUCUGCAGAUAUAAAUAAGAAGUUAUAGGCAAGGUUAAAUUUCUAUUCCCCUCUUUUCAUGGAGCUUCCCAAGCCUUUUUCAAAAUUCUAUUUUUGGCAUUUUUAUCAUCUUGCCUGAAUCUUUUCUACAAUUGUUAUUGUUGACAGAUACAAGUAUUAUAGUGCUUGUGAAAGUGAAGUGGCUGUUUUUUUUACAUAUGUAUUUUCCAGUUUGUCAUAGAAUUUUAGAGAUAAAAGGGUUCCAACCUCUUUAUUGUACAGAUGGGGAAAGUGAGGCCUGAAGUGAUUAAUUGAUUUUCUCUAGGUCAUAUAAUUAGUAGUGGUAGAGCUGGGACUAGAACAGAUCACCUAGUUCACAAUGCAAUAUUCUUUCCUUCAUUGGAUUGUAAUUACAUGGCUUCAUGUCUUCCUUUUUAGGCUUCUAUAUACUCUUUUUAUCAACUCCAAGAAGGGAAGAGCAUAACCAAAUUAAUUUUUUCACUCUUUUUCCUAUUCCAGCCUUCCCUAAGCUCAUCUCUGAACAUUUUAAUAGAGCAUAUUUAUUAUGAUUCUCACUCAGAAAUGAAUUGCUAUCCCCAUAGUUUUCUGACAUUUUCCCCUAGAGCCAGCCAAAAAUUUUGCAGGCACUAUUAGUUUUUAUAGUAUGCUAUAGAUGAUUGCUGAGUUCUGUGUUUGAAGUUAGAAUUUAUUGACGCUAAAUGAUAAUUAAUUUAGAGAAUUUUAAAUUGCUAUGCUCUGUAUUCCUAGAAAUUCAUCAUGUUAUAAUUGUGAUUACUAUUACUAUUUAACUAUUUCUGCAACACUUUAUGUUGUAAAUAUUUUGCAAUCAGUUACGCACCCUUCCUAGGCAAAUAAAUGAUAGUUGUUAAUGUUACAUAAAAGUGUAAAAUCUGAGAGUUUGAAUUACAAAGGAAAAUAAGAUCAUUUUUACUUUACUUGAAAUUUUCUACUUUUUUGUAUCAUCAGUUUGAAUUUUCCUCAUGUGCUACAAAAGCUUUUUAAAAUAUAAUUUAAAUGCAAUUAGGUUUGUGUAUUGCUGGUAAACAUGAUAUUUUAAAGAAAAUUUAAGUCUAGAUUUUGCUUUUAUGACUUCCUGCUUCUUUCCUUGUUGGGCCCUUGACCUCUCAUCAGGAUUUAAGGGAGAUAUGAGACUAGUUUGAAACAGAAGAAUUUCUCUUUAAUUCUAUAUGUCUAUUUAAUGGAUAAAUUUUCAUUUUAUAUCCUUCUCUGGGCUUGUUUUCAUAUGAGUUGUCAAGAAAUUGGCUAAGUUUUCUUUUUCUGGCCUAUAAAUUUCAUUUGUAAUGAAAAAAAGCAUUUUAUCUAAUUUUAAUAGUUAUUAUAUUCAAGUUCUCAUCAAACAUUUCAAUGUUUCGAGACAUGCAAUUCAGUGAGAAUUGAAAAUAGACCAAAUUCAUUCCAUUUCUUGACAAACUUACAUGAAUAAUAUGAGAAACCAUAUUCUUUCCAAUACCAGCUGAUCUGGACAAAUGAAGGCAGAGUAUAAAUACAAUCUAGUUGUCAUAUUAGCGUGUCACCAUUUGGGGAUUUUACUGCUCCCUUGAUUCAACUAAAUUGCCCAUAAGUAUUAUGUGCAUUCCCUAUUUUAAGAAAGUCUGAUAUAAAGUACUCAUGUAAGAUCCCUUAAAUUAAAAGACUAUCUAGGGUGUUUGAGGAUUACUUGUUGCUCUUUAACAUAAAGAUGGAUAGAAAUAUAUAGGUAGAAUAUGAGAAUUUUCUUGCCAAUUCAAACUUAGUUUGGAAAAAAUAUAUUUCUGAAAUACAUAAUACAAGUUAAUGGGAAAGGAAAUUUUUAUUUACAAAAUUUUGUUUAAUACAUCCUUUUAUGUGCAAAUCAUAGUAAAUUUUGUACAUGCUUUUAAUAAUUAAAAAUGAAAACAUAGCCAUAUGGUUCAACAAGAAGUUUUAAAACUCAAUAAAGGAAAUUAUAUAAUCUUCUGGUUAUAAGCAGUUCUCAACUUAUAGUAUUUAACAUAUAUCACUUUGCCAGUAACACCUGGACCUUUAGCUAUUGUUCUUUUACAGCAAACUGCACAACUUAUUGACCUGACCAAUUUAUCCAAGUUAUCUCUCUAUAGCUCUCUCCCGGAGGAUCUUCCUGUUUACCAUCCACAGGCUUUCCUAGUGUAUCACUUGAUUUUGACUCCAGAUUUGUCCCCACUCUUGAAUCAUUUCUUUGUAACUCUUUAGCCCUUCACUUCAUUUAAUUGCUUCAUAAACGUUUUAGAAAAUCCUGUAUUGAGUAGUACAUAGGUAUGUCUUUUAUAAUUGAUUAAACAAUUGAUUCGAUAUGUUAUUCAAGUUCAUUUCUUUAAAAAUUGAAUAGUAGAUUGUUGGUUGAGUAUAACUCACUAUUCUAUCAUUGUUUCUAUGGGGAAAAAAUUCAGUUUAUAUUGUUGUGAUUUACAAUAUCCCUUUCAAGAUCAAAUAUCUGUAAGUACUUAAGUGUUAACUGAAAUAUUUGAAGUAGAAUAGAAAAGAUUCAUAAUCCCCAAGACAAAAAUGAACAUAUCUGGCAAGAGAAAAAAUCACAGUGGGGAGAUGGCAAUAAAAUUAACACAUUAAUUUUUUUAAAAAUUAUUUUUUGGUUGUAAAUUUUUCUCCUAGCCAUAGAAAGGAUGGCAUGUUUAGUUGAAAUAAACUAGUUUCUCUUGAAUUUACACUUUCCACAUCCAGCUCUAUUCUAAACAAAUCUAAUAGCAUAGGUCCAGUGUUUGUUAUCUGUUGUUCUAUGAACAUUUCAAAAGUGAAAAACAAAAAAAGAAAAACUACAUAAAUGUAAAAUUUGAAUGAUGAUUUUAUGCUUUUAAAAAUACAAGCAUGGGGAAGAUGGACAGAAGAAUCUAUUUAUUCAUGACUUUGCAUGAUUAAUACUUUGGAUAAUGGAAUUAAUGUUCUUUAAUGUAUAAUUACUUAAUGCAAUUACCAAUGUAUAGUAAUGUGACUUUGGUUUGCUUACUUUAUGUUAUUAUGUGAGGAAGUUUCUGUAACUACAUAAUUAAAUAGAAUUCUGACAAUCAUAACUGAUAACCUUUAAAAUGUCACCCAUUACCUCACUUGCUAGCUUGCUAUUUUCAAAUAAAGGUGAAAAUUUGCCCUUUAUUAAAGAUAAGGUUACAAUGAAUCUAUUAUGUAUUUCCAGUUUUUCUGUAGCCCCAUUUUAUCUUGGAUCCUUAUUAUUAGAAUGAUUCAUAUGAAUUAUAGAGCCUUAUAUUUUAAAAAGACCAUACAGAUCAUAUAUUCUCAUGCCUUCCAGAAGCAUGAACCAGCAUCCCUGACAAAGUCAUGCAGAUUUUGUUUGAAGACCUCUUGUGAAAAGAAAUUCCUAGUUUUGAAAGUACUUUAUUGCCUCUUUGAAUGAUUCUAAUUGUUAAUAAGUUGUUUCUUAUUUUAUUAUAACUGUUAUAAGUCAGCUGAAAUCUAUUUCCUUGAAAAUUCCAUACUCUAGGUCUAAGAGUAAUAAGUCUGAUCUAUAUUUCAUAUAAUAAUUCAUUGAACAUUUGAAGAUGGUCAUCACUAUCUUUUCUUCAGGAAAACAUCUCCAAUUAUAUCAAUCAAUACAUAUAUGAAAUGAAAUAGAGUCUUCAUUUUCAGAAUCCUUCCUCUGCACACUUUCUAGCUUGUGAAUUUGGCACUUAAAAUUGAAAAUCAUAUUCCAGAUGUGGUGAGCACAGAGCAGUGUGCAAUGGAAACAUUACUUCCUUUAUUCAGAAAAUAAUAGCUCUGUUACCAUCCCCUAAGAUUGCAUUUAAGCUGUAGUACUCUCAUGUUACACUGAAAAUAAAUUUUGAAUUUACAUCUUGCAAAAAUAAAUCCUAGAUAUAUAUCACAUCAACUGCCACCUUGACAUCAAAUGCUUAUGCAAUUGAUUGGGAUAGAGCAGAAGCAGGGACUGGAUGCAGGAUUUUACAUUUGUCCCUAUUAUAUUUCUUCCUGAUUUUAGCCCAUAAUUCUAAACUUUAAGGUGGUUUAGAGAAAAUCCUGAAUUCUGUUUCAGGAAAAUAGUUGUCCAUCCUCAUUUCCUAUCACAUGCAAAUUUUUUAAGUAUUCUAUCACUGCCUUCACUAAAGUGACUGAAAAAACUGUCCCAUAGAAAGUGGUUAAGAACAGAGCAUUGAAACAUAGCACUAGAAACAUCUAGUGGCAUUUUAUAAUUUUAGAGCAAGAAAGAAUUGGAGAAUUCAUUUAAUUUAAUAAUUCUCAAUACCACUUCAUAGACUGAUGCCAACAAAUUGUUGCCAUUAUGCAAAGCUUUGAAGUCUUUAUUUUAUUAAAAAUUAUUAUUAAAACUGACUUUUUCCCCAUUUCCUUAACCCCAAUUUUUCUAUUCCUUGCUCCCUCUUUAUGCAGAGCUUAUGAUACCAAUCUCAUGAACCAAACUCAGGAACUAUUAAGUGAAGGCUAUGAAGAGCAAAGAAAUCCAAAAUGAAGAAUUUCAUUCCUCUCCUUGUUUUGAAAUUUUGGAUUGUUAAACUUUUACUUAGUUGAACUGUCCUCUUUCUUAUAGUGGAGGAAGUCAAGACCUAGACAGAGUAGGUGACUUACCCAAUUGGAAUCAUAUAGGUGGUAGUUAAUGGCAAAGCCAGAACUAUACUGCACUAUCAUGAUGUCUGUCCUUCUAAUAACCAAAGAAUAUUUCCAAAAUGUAAUUCUAUGGCAGUUAAAACUUAGCAUCCAAGACCAGCUGCAGAGAGAGCCAAGUUAAACAGUGAUCCUAUCCAGACUUCAACAUAUAUGUGCAUUCUACCCAUAUAUCAAUUCUUCAGAAUUAAGUGGCUAAUUUUUAGUUUUGUUAAGAGGUUGAUAGUUUGAAAGUUUUGUUUUUUUUUCUCCUCCUUUGAGAAUGUCUUUGUCAUGGACCUUUAAAAGAUCAAGCAUCUAUUGAUGACAAAUGAGAAAUCAAAAGAUUUGGGAUUUGGUACUGAAUUCUAAACUUGGAAAAGAGCUAUUAAUAAAGAAAUAUAGGGCAACAGUAAAGAACUAUAGUGCCAUAGAUAGAGAAACCCAAAGAUAUAAAUUUAUGUGUAGACAAUGGGAAAAAAGGUAAAAAUAUCAUUUUAUACAACUACAUAGUAGUAUAUUGAAUGAAUUUGGCUCUGGUGAAUACUCCUAUUCUUUCCUAAUGCUAAUCAAAAAGUAUCCACCAAAGAUCAAGCUGAGGAUUUAGUUUUCUGCUUCCAUAAAUAUUUGGUAGUAAAGACUUUAAGGGCUUAAUUUUCUUUCUAUCUAUUUAUGAUAGAUAGCCAUAUACUAAUUAUUAUUAACAUUAAUAAGUGAUAUACUGAAGACACUGUCUUUUUGUUGCAUGCAAAGUCUAUGUUAACCUUCAUGCAAAAUGUGGAGCACAUAUUAGAUGCUUAAUAAGUAACUCAAUCAUAUGACUCACCCAAAGAAUAGUUAGCAUACUUUUUUGUAGUAUGAUGUAGCAUAAAAAUUAUGAAGUGGUUAAAAGAACAUCUGAUCCAUCUAAGGAGUUACAUUACAGGGCAGUGGCUAAAAAUGUACUCAUUAAAGUAUUACUUCAGGGAUAAGUAUGUUAUAUUACAAUAAAAAUGGUCAAGGAGCAAGCAAAGAAAUUUUUUAAACAUUUAGAAAUAAAAGCUACUCAUCGCUAAAUCUUAAAGAAAGCAGGCAACCAAAUUAAGGAAAAUGGAUCGAUAGAUAUAAAAUCUAAUCAAAGAUAUUUCAUUCAGCAAUAUUAAUUGCUCCUAUAUUGACCUGGUAUAUGAGAGGUACUAGCCUAGGCUGCUGACCUAGAAUGCAUGCCUUCUACUGUACCAUAUCUUUCUUUUUUUCUUUCCUUUUUUUGUUUCAUUUUUGUGGGAGUCUAUGCUUGUGAAAACUUUGUCUACUCAUUGUUGACAAACAUUGGAUUUUUCUUAAUAGAAGGAAAUGAGCAUCACUAGAAAUGUGGAAAUCAAAGACUACCAAAAGAAUUAUUUUGCUAGAUUAAUAGAUUCUCAUGAGCAUUUUAUACUACUCUUUUCAAAGGUUUUAAGUUAUUUUUGCCAUUAUUUAUAAAAUGAUAAUUGAGAUAAUAACUAUUGCUAUUUAACUCUUUGGGUUUAAAAAUAUAAAAUAGAUUUUUGAGCACUUAAUGAUGGUUUGGUCCUAAUUUUUUAAUCACUAAAAAUGUUGAGCAAAAAUAAUGGGAAUCUAUAAUACAACCAAAUAACUUGUCUCAGCUAAUCUUAUCCCACAAAGAACACCUUUUAAAAAUCUGCUGUACACUGUUGUCUCAAUGACACUUUAAUGGAGGUGAAACAGAAUUAUAUCUCAGCUUUCCACGAAUAGGUAAAUUUAAAUAGCUUUUCUAAGUAAUCUCUUCUCCUCACUCCUUUCUCUGAAUAGUUUCUAAACCUAAAAAUAAAACAACUAAGAUUAAAAAAGGUGGCAUGUUAUAUAGUAAUAACUGUUCAAAACAAAUAAAAAGAAAAAGAAAUUCCACAUUUUUUAAGUCAUAGAAAAGGCUGAUUUUCAUUAUGCUGUUUGGUUACUAUUCCUUGAACAUUUUUUCCUGAAUAAAUGUCUUUCCUAUUCUAAUAAUGCAAUGGAAUUAAAAAGCCUACAUUUUUAUUCUAUAUGGCAAACUCAUAAUGCAUACUCAUAAUUUGGGGCUUUAAAAACACAUGAACACAUAAAAUCAUAUUUAAAAUAUUAGAUGGACAUAAAGUAAGAGCAUGAUCAUGAUGUCAAUAAAAUAUCCAGGGCACUAACCAGAAACAAAUUAUAAACCAAUGAUUUCCUAAUCUACUCAAAUCAGCCACAGUCUUCUCACCCUCAGCAGACACAUCUAAAAGUUUUCAAGGAAUAUAUUUGGGUGAAAUUCCUCCCCUUUUUCAUCCCUUCCCUUCCCUGUCCCCAAAUUGAGGGAAGACAAAAAAAAAAUACUACAUGGGAUCUAUAGAUCAUAGGAGCACUGGGAGCUUCAAUUAGGAAAUAUCAGAUUGAAUUGCUUUUAUUAUCAUAUAGGAAUUAUUUUAAAAUUGAAUCACAAAGUUUUUGGUAAGAGAAAAGGCCUGAUGUUGCAAGGUUUUAUUUGUGAUGUGCACAAUUUUGAUGGAUAUAGUAUGACAUCCAAUAACUCAGGUAAAAUCAAUAUUACUAAAAGUACAUUGUAUGUCUUUUUCAUGAAUAUAAUGCAUCUUCUUUCUUCAUAUGACAAUGUUGGUUUUCACUAGUUCUUCCAUAGAUUGGAAUAGGUAAGGUUGUGGACCCCUUGGAAUAUGUAUAGGUAUUGAGAAAUAUCCAGGCCCCAAAGAGAUGUUUUCUAAUGAUAUUAGACAUUGUAAGUAAUGGACUCUUUAAUGCUAUGUUCACACUUCUGUUUGGGAUGGACUUAAAGGUGAGAGGCAGUGUUGGUUUUGUUUUGACAUUUCUUUAAUAUAGCUGAAGUGCAUAGCAUUUCCUUGCAGUGAUUUCUCCAAUAGCCCAGGUCACCAAUAUAUUGACAUAUUUUACAAAAGAUGAUGACAGUUAUUUUACAUCUUCUUGAGGCUAAGUGAAGUUAUGUUAUUGGUUGAUUUUUUUAAACUAUUUGCUUAUAGUUAAAUCUCUUUUAAAAACUAGGUACAGGUAAUAAAUAUUUUAGGCAGAUAUUGUUUUCCUGUUCCUUUAGGGAUAUUCAAUAUCGCUACUGAUUUUCCUUAUAUGGAAAAAGGAAAGUGAUACAGAUGGAGCAAAAAUUAUUUGGUUUAUUAUCUAGGUUUUAAGGCAUCAUAAUAUAAAGAAAUGUGUGAUCAUUCAUCUCCAGCCAUUCACUUGGUUCUUUCAUACAAAUUAAGUGAUGGCUUCAUGCACUCAUAGAAACAUUCCAAAAUAAGUACUUGUGCAAAGGGCCAACAGAAUGUGUAGACAUUUCCACCCCCUUCUCAGGUCUGCCUUCUGUUUUUCUUUCCUUUUCCUCUUUUGUGUGUUCUAUAGGAUUCUUCAGAAAAUAUAUAUAUCUAUUUUUUGUAAACACUCAAUCUUGCUGUUUCAGCUUUGGUUCCUCUUACCCAUGUAACCUUCUUGUUCCCAAUUACCUUUUGUGCAGCUAACCUUAUAAUAAAUUUAAAUAUACACUACCAACGA